UCAGAAAUUGGCAUUUAGCGAUGAAGAAAGUGAAAGAAGCACCAAAAGGGACACUAGAAGGCAUCAGCAGCAACGAGGACACAGAGACGAGCGUAGUGAAAGUCAUGAUAUUGACAACCAGCGGCAGUGGAGCAGUUCACGAUCAAAUACAUCGAGGGGACGAUCUUCUGAGGAAGAAGACAUUUGGACUCAAAGACGCAGUCAAACCGAUAAGGAAGUCGAAAUAGCAGUGCAGAGGGCGAAGCAAAGAAAGGAGGAAGAAGAAAAGAGGUUCAGUGAAGAAAGAAGCCAAGCUGCAGCCAAAAAACUGUCUGAACUGAAUGAAAGAAUCCAGAAGCGGGAUAGGGAUAACCAAGAAGGAAUCGGUACAAUCAAUCCCAGUACAGUACCACCCAAGCCUAUCAACCAUGUAGAUAUUCCAUUACCGGACUUUCAGAAGGACAAAGAACGUGAUAAUAAAGAUCCUCCUCGAGAAAGAGAUAAUAGAUCACGGACUCCUAAUGAUACUGUAGAAGAUAAAAACCAAUCUGUCACUCAGGGCAGUUCGUUUAGACAAUUAACACAAAUCGAAGGAAAGAAUUUCCCAAGUAGAAAGCACAUGAAACCUUCUGAUAGAGAGCCAAGAGAUAAUAGAGAACAGAAUGGCCCAAGUUUCUCAAAACAUUUCAAAGAAGACCUUCCUCCGAGAUUCCUCAAACAUCAACGGAAUAAUAGUAACUCAAAUCUUCAAACUCAUCAACAACAAUCGCAGCAGCAGCAACCUCAUCAACAGUCAUCACAUCAGCAACAACAGCAGCAGCAAUAUCAUCAUCAAUCUUUUGAUAAUCGAUGGGCUUCAAAUAACCAAAAUAAUCUGAAACACCAGUCAAAUUCAAGUCAAAAUCUGGUUCAUAGCAGAAGUGCAAGGCAAGAUAGUCUUGAAGUGGAAAGGGAAGAAGAGCAAAAGGAAUACAGGAGACAAAGCUCUGAGGAUAGUUUCAGGAGCUCCUACCAUUCCCAAGAUAAUACUCCAAAACCUGUUCAGGAAGCUGCUUAUCAAGAAGAGGGUCGGGAAAAUAGACAUCAAGGACAUCAUGAGCAGCAGUUCAAUCGACGGGAACAGGAAGAAAAUACUUGGCAUAAGGAGGUUGAGAAAAUGGAUAAUAAGAAACAAGAUCACAGUACUCGACUGAGCCAUGAAGAUUGGGGGGAAAAGAGAGAAAAAAUGCGUGAGGAAAACCCUGACAGAUAUGAGAGAGAUCGUCAACAGAGACCUGAUAAUCGGGAUAUUCGUUCAGCACGACAUUCCCGUGAAUCAGAACCAAGGGAAUACAUGGGCUCUUGGUCUGAAUCAGCAUACGAGGAGAAACGUAGGGACCAUAUUCGAGAAGAUCGCCGGGCAGUCCCAGGACCUAUCACAAAGGAACGAAUUGAAGCUGAUGAUAUGCGUAAUGAAAAGAGGAAUUUAACUCAGCUGAAACGCGGACAACCAGUGGAAGUUAAAUCGGAAAUUAAAAAGUAUGAGAAAGAGGAAGAGCAAAAAAAAGAACCACAGUUCAUAAGUGCUUGGGCAGAUUCUAUACCACCCCCUUCGGAAGAAAUUCAGAAUAAGGUUGUUGUUGAGGAAAAAAAAACUGUGGACACACAUAAACCUGUACCUAAAUCAUCAGUAGAACAACCGAAGAAGCAGGAAAAAAGUGAUGAACAUAAUACAAAUCGUAAUCGACCCUAUGGUCAGAAAAAAGGGUGGGGUAAUGUACCCAAUGAUUAUCAUACACCAAGAGGGCAGCCUUGGCAGAGAAGACCUUCUAGCCGUGGACAGAAACAUGGUGGUAGAAACACGGAAUCAUACAUGACUACUGAUUCUGAUGGGUCUGCAGAAGAUCAUUCAGUCCAACAGAAACUUGAAGCUCAAAAAAUUGAAACAAACGACCAAAAGAAUUCAAAUCCACCUAGAAAAGCGGAGAAGGACGAUAAAAUUCGUGAAAUCAGGCAAGAAAAAUUUGUGGGCGAGCAAAAGAAACAGGAAAAGUCUGAUAAAAGAGAUAGUAAUUAUGUACCUCGAGGUGAGCCAUCUCGACACGGCAGGGGUGGUGGAAACUUUAGAUCUGGUAGAAUGGGUAUGGGUAAGAGAAUAGAUGGGUACGGCCCUCCUCCUGCUAAGAGUCCAUUUGGAGGACACCAAGAGGAAAGGGAAAGGGAAAAGAAGGUUUUCAGUGACGAAGCUAACUCUUCUGAAAACCUAACGGUUGUUGAAGAUAAGACGAAGCAGAACCAGCAAGCACUUGCGGCAGGUAUUAUUGGGAAUCGAGCUGAGCCAGCACAGAGCGAUGAUAAAUCCAAGUCAAAAAGUAAACCUGAUAGUCAAAAAAACAAACCCAAAAUGGGUGAUAAAGUAUGUGAUGCUACGGAAAAUUCUGAUGAGAAAAAUAAAGAUAAUCGGAAGAUGCAGGGGAAAAUGCAGGGUAACAGAUCCACAUCAAAUGUAAACCGUGGUGGAAGAAGCUCUGCUCCUGCAUCACGUUUAGGUGCGGAUCGAAGGUACGAUUCCAACCGCAAUGAUAAUACCCGACAAGAUACUAAUCGAAAUGAAAACAGGAAUGAUACUGCACGUAGUGAUACUAGGCACGACACUACUCGCACUGAUACUAGGCACGAGGCUCCUCGCACUGAUAAUAUCUGGCAGAACUCCAAUGGUUCUUUGAAAAAGGAUGACAAGUCAAAUGAUCAUAAUGCUCAUACAAAUGUGAUUUCUGACAUGGCUGCAAAGAAUCGAGAUGGUGAUCAAGUAGAAGAAAAGGAGGAAAAAACUUCAAUAAAUGGUGAUUCUGAGGGUUUCCAAGAAGUUAAAAGCAAAAAAACCGUAAAAGAAAGGCAAAAAUCAGCAGAUGAUAAAGCACCUAAAACAAUUCCAAAGAAUGACACUGUAAAAGAAAUGGUUAAACCUGAACGUGAGCGAAAAAAUAAAAUUAGUCCCGCCACGCAGAUGUUGACACAACAACAAAUACAAAGCAUUCCUUCUCUGAUGGCAACACCUGUAAAUCCUCCCCCUGUCUUGCCUCAAACUAAGAGUCAGUUCGAUAGGUCUAGGCAGACAAAACUUCCCCCUCGUUUUGCUAAACAGAAACUUCAAAAGCAGGCCAUGCAACAUCAGCAGCAGCAACAUCAUGGCAUGUGUGAUAUGAAUGAUAUUAAUAAAGUUAGCCAGAACAUUAAUGUGUAUGGUUUAAAAGACACUAGUGUUCCCCCUCCACCGGUUCCGACAUGUGCUUGGGAUAAACCUUUGGGGCCACAGUUGAGGAAUCUGGAACACGACAGUAUGCUUGCAGUAUCUAUGGAAGGUGUUAAAGGGUUAGAAACAACACAUUCGCCUUCACAUGGAAUCAGUCCUUCUAGUGACAAGAUGAUGAACAAAGUUGGUUCACUACAAGAUAAAACGCUCCUGGAUGGCGCUACUCCUCCAGUAAACACGAUCAUUUUCGAAAAUACUAAUUACAAGUCUGCACCAGGAGCUCGUGGUGCUCGAAAUGACAAACCUCGAUCUAAGUUGGAUGAAAGCAAUAUUGACAAUAGUGUUAUAUCUGGCUUUAACAAACCAACCAUGAACGAGUUGUUACAGGGCAAAAGUGAUAAAUCCGAUCCUAUUCAAUUACCUUUGUUUAAAGAAGAUACAGCUGAUAUGAAGCUGGACUUUUUCAGUGCAGAUCUUCAGUUUUCAGACGAUAAGGCUUCUAAGAAUUUUGUUUCAAAAUCUAUACAUGCAAUAACCAGUGGUAAUAAUACUGUUGAUAGUUUGGAUUACAAGAUAGCGUCGGUGAAAAAAGUCUGGGAGACUUCUGAACAAGAGGGCGAAGACAACCAAAUCAAUUUUGUUCCUUCACAACUGGAUUCUAACGUGUUCAGUCAAGGGAAGGAUCCGUCAGAUGAUAACCAUGAAGGAUACAGCCCCUCACCUAAUCAGACUGCCUCAACUACCACAAAUGUAUGUAAGGUGAAACCGACACAGCAAGUCUCAGGAAGUGGGCAAGCUGUCCUGAGUUCUUCUGGUCACCAGCAACAUGCAGGAAUUAUAGCUCCUGGUCUGAUGGGAAAUCCACUUUCCCCACCUCCGAUUCCACCUAUUUUGGGAACAGGAGUGGGAAUAGGGCCUCAGUAUACUGCCAAUCAGCAUAUUGGGUACCAGACGGGUCUAACUGGAAACACACAGUUCGGUAUAUCAGCUAUCCCAUCUCCGCCAACUGUUCCACUUGUCUAUAAUUCCAGUCAAUCGCAAAUACAAGCAGCUGCUGCACAAAGUGGAUUAUACGGGGCAUUCCAGUUGGACCAGUUGAGUGGUCAGGCUAGGUCUCAGUUUCCUCAGUACACAAACUAUCACGGAUUAGGUCAGACAGCCAACAGUCCGUACUCUACCCAGAAUGUGUAUUUGCCAACAGCACCUCCCCACCCUCCUCCUACGGCGCAGGCGCCUCCAGAGCUGUAUCAGAACAUGAACAGUUAUAGACUCUCUGCUGGGGCACAAUUCGGACAAAAUCAACAGCUGAACAAUCCAACCACUGUGUUGAUUAGUUCUACGAGCAACAGUCUCAUGUCUGCCUCUGUGAAGCCCAGCAGUCAACAGAUCAGCGCGAUCGGUGCUUACUUAUGUAAUUUAUCACUAGGGACAAAAGCUGGAGGCGUAGGACAGGCCUACCAGCCACAAUCACAACAAGGUCAGCAAGUAUUCAUGGCAUAUGAUCCUUCUAUACAAGCUAAUUAUUUGGCUUCAAAUGCUGGAGUUAUGCAAAGGGGUCCUGUAGCCCCAUCUCAGAACAAUGUCGUCCCUGCUUUGCAACCUUCGUCGUCAUAUUAUUCUGGAUCUACAGGGGGUCAGUCUGGGUAUUUCCAACAGCCAGGAAGUUCCACAAUGCCUUCUGCUCAACUUGCGCAGCACCAGUCCAGCUAUGGACUCCAAGGCAACGUUUUUGGAACUCACAAUCAAUCCCAUACCAACACUGGUAUGCCAAACUACAAUUCACACUACUUGACUGCCCCAAUGCAAGUAGCGGCAGCAUUGAACGUACCACAAUUUAGAUCUGGUAUACCAGCUGCCUAUAUGAAAAGUAUGGGAAGUCAACAAGUGGGGGAUCUUACUGGAAGGCCUCAACAAUUGAAAAGUCCCAGCAGCCAAGAAGUUUUGUCCUCAGUUUUCAAUACAGGGCCUCAAAUACCAUCGCCUAAGUCGAGACAAAAUAGUAAACAUCCCCCACCUCAAUCCAGUCCGACAGCACAACACAAGUAUAACUUAUAUCAAGGAGUCGGAGGACAACAAAAUCCAAAUAUGCAGAGGUAUCCUACUCCCAUACAGAGGCCUGUUAAUUUCCAGCAGAUGCAACAGAAUAUAUCUGUAAAUCAGAAACACCGCGGUAACCCCAACAAUAAGGCUCCUAAUAGGUAUUAUGGCGGACAAAAUCAUUCAAUGACUGGUCAUAAUGAUAAGUCAGAUGACAGGAAGAUGAAUGAUGGCAGCGGAUUGGGCAGUGGUAAUUCAGUGUGUACCACAAAGUCCAAUUUGGGCUCUAACACAGGAAGCGCAGUGAGCGCCCCUUCAGACAAGGUUAAGGAUAACAUUAAGGAAGAAACUGCGGCAAAAGAUUAAAUUUUUAAAUAAUUUUACUUUAAGUACUAAACUAUUCAAUCGCAUGUAUGAUAUCAAAGUACAUAUGAGAAAACAAAAAUCUGAAGAGAAAUUUAUGUUCAGAAACUUUUUUAUUGUUCAGAGUAGAAUAUAGUAUAUUUAUUAUUAUAUUAAUUUCUGGUGCUGUCUCUUCAAUGACUAAAAUGGAGGAGUAAGUUUUUCAUUAGAAUACUCCCCACACAUCUUCGUGUAAAUUAUCGUAUUUCUUGACGUUAAGUAACCCGUAAUGUAGUACACUAGUAUUAAUUAUGUGUAUUGUGAGAAAAAAAGCUACUAUUGUUAUUGCUACCGACUUGAAUGCAACGGUUGCAUUAAGUUAAUUUGUAAAAGAAAGUUGCUUAGUUGAUUUUUUCAGACUGGUUAUAUUGAAAAUUAGCCAGACUUUCACAAGGAACUGUACUGUUGUGGAGGAAUUUCGUUACCCCCUUUUGAAUGUUUUUAUGAGCUUGAAACGCUUUAUUGAGUUGUAAAAUUUAAAGAAGGCUGAUCAGCUGUUUGAGUAAGGCUCGAAAUUGAAGAGGGGGUAGGAAUACUUUUACAAACUUUUGUGAGUUUGAGAGAUCUAUUGAAUUUGUCACAAGCACAUUUCCACAGUAGACAAAUUGUAAUCUGAGAUUGUGUAGGUUUCGCCUUUUCUACGGAUUUCAUUUUAAUGCACGGUCUCAUUAGUUUGUUUAUAGCCGUGUCAUAGGAUUUUUGUAGACAAAAAAAUGUAAAAUGUGUUAUAUUCAGAGUGAGUGAUGCGGAAAUGGACUUUAUUUUCAUUUCACAAGAGACUUUAUACUAAUGAUUUGUGGUGAAAUUGAAUAUGAUAAUUCAAAAACUAUUUGGGACGUUUUGUGAAAAGUGUAAGGUGACAUGAUGAAAAGACUAGGCCAAUUUCUUUUGAAACUGCUAUUCUCAACUGAAAUGAAUUACAUCUCAAGAUAUUUAAAUCUUCGUCGAUGAAAAUAAAUGGUUUAAAUAUGA